UACCCAUCAACCUUUUCGGUGGAACGAGGGUAACCAGCCGUUGAAACUUGAAGCUCCCUGUCAGAUCUGUGUCAGCUUUGCCUGUAGCACCGCGUCUCCCUCCGGUCUCACAGCUGUAAACAUGCUGUCAUUCGCUCUCAAGCAGCUCACAUGGCCCUUGUGCCAGCGGGCCUCCAUUCGUCUCAGUGUACGGUUCCAGCAGUCCCAUGCAGCCACGCGUACGGCGGAUGAAGAUGGCUCCUGGACCGGACAGGAGAGUCUGGCCGAGGACGACCCAGAAAUGUGGGCUUUGCUGCAGAAGGAGAAGGACAGACAGUGCCGUGGUUUGGAGCUUAUUGCUUCUGAGAAUUUCUGCAGCCGAGCAGCUCUGGAAGCUCAGGGCUCCUGUCUGAACAACAAAUACUCUGAAGGCUACCCAGGGAGAAGGUACUAUGGAGGAGCAGAGGUGGUGGACCAAAUCGAGCUUCUAUGCCAGAAGCGAGCUUUGGAGGCCUUUGACCUGGACCCAGAAAAGUGGGGCGUCAACGUCCAGCCAUACUCUGGUUCCCCCGCUAACUUUGCUGCUUACACGGCUGUACUCAACCCCCAUGAACGCAUCAUGGGCCUGGACCUGCCCGAUGGAGGACAUCUAACCCAUGGCUACAUGUCAGAUGUGAAGAGGAUUUCUGCAACGUCAAUCUACUUUGAGUCCAUGCCUUACAAGUUAAAUCCUGCAACGGGACUCAUAGACUACGAGCAGAUGGAGAUGACAGCCAAGCUGUUCCGGCCCAGGCUCAUCAUCGCUGGCACCAGCGCCUACGCUCGCCUCAUUGACUACGCCCGCAUCAAGAAGCUAUGCACAGACAUUAAUGCCUACAUGCUCGCUGACAUGGCUCAUAUUAGCGGCCUGGUGGCAGGCAAGGCGAUCCCUUCACCAUUUGAACACGCUGACCUGGUCACUACGACGACGCACAAGUCCCUCAGAGGAUCCAGGGCUGGCCUUAUCUUUUACCGUAAGGGCCUCCGCUCAGUGGACAAGAAAGGAAAGGAAAUCAUGUACGACCUGGAAGACAAAGUCAACUUCGCGGUGUUCCCCUCGCUGCAGGGUGGACCUCACAACCACGCCAUUGCUGGAGUAGCAGUGGCUCUCAAACAGGCUCAGUCUCCUAUGUUCAGGGAGUAUAUUGCCCAGGUACUAAAGAACACAAAGGCCAUGGCUGCUGCUCUCCUCAGCAAAGGCUACACCUUGGUAUCAGGAGGAACUGACAACCACCUGGUUCUGGUGGACUUGCGGCCAAAGGGCAUUGACGGAGCUCGAGCUGAAAGAGUACUGGAGCUCGUGUCAAUCACAGCCAAUAAGAACACAUGCCCUGGAGAUAAGAGCGCCCUGACCCCCGGAGGCCUCAGGCUAGGCGCUCCAGCUCUGACUUCUAGACAGUUCAAAGAAGACGACUUUGUGCAGGUUGUCGGGUUUAUGGAUGAGGGAUUCAAGAUAGCUUUGGAUGUCAAGAAAAAGACAGCAAAGCUCCAGGACUUCAAGAACUUCCUCCUCCAGGACCCGGAGACGGUGGCUCGUAUUGCAGAUCUGCGGCACCGGGUGGAGGCUUUUGCCAGGCCGUUCCCCAUGCCUGGCUUCUGCGACCAUUAAGCAGAGUCACAGGUCUGAAACAGCCAGGUGGCAGACAGCUGGCUGGGCAGAAGUGUGCACAGUGAAAAUGGAAAAAUUACAUGGUAGUGAAAUGGGGAUGGUGCCUGAGAAUUAGGAUAACUUUAGUUCAUUUUUUGCAAUCAGACUUGCAGACACAUUUUUUUUUUUUUUUCUAACUUCUUCGCUGUCAUUUAUGGAUCUAUUCUUAAAAACAGGCUUCAGUUUGAGAGAAACAAACAGAAAAAAGAGACAUGACAGAUUUUUGUGUCGCAGGAGAAGCUGUUGUCUGUGGCGUGUGAGGAGAUUAUUCUCAGCUGUCUUCACACCGUUUAUUUAAUGUAAGUGUGAAGAAAAGAAAAACCUGUCAAAUCAAAGGAACACAAACACUUGUUUCAUUCUCUGACUUUAUAAAAAUGUGUAACUUUAGGACACACUCAGUCUUAAUUUUUUUAAGGUUGCUAACCUGCUUCACCUUUUGUAAUAUUUACAUUGAGAUUUGUUUGUUACAACUUUGCGGCAUCAUUUGAAGGACGGGGUGAUUUAUUGUUUAAAAAGUCUUAAUUUCUCUCUGAAAAGAUGCAAUUCCACUUAAAAUAUGGGAUUAUUUUUGUGAAAUGCAAUUUACAAAUAAUAUUUAGAGCUUUUCUUCUGUAAACCAACUCUAGUAAGAACAUACAGAAGCUAUACAAAACAAUUUAUUUUACGAUGAUAUAGUACAUUUUAAACACUACAAACUGUGUCCAGAAUACUUUUCGCUCACAUUGGGAUUAUUUGGUUUCUGUUUAUCUGUUGAUCAUCAUGAUGUAGAUUUCAGAUUUGAAUUGUUCUGUAUUUUGCUAUGAAAACAGUGUUCUAAUCAAACUCAAUAGUGUGGAUGUCAACUAAUAUUUCCAACCUUUCAGUUUGUUUAUAGAAUAUAUACUUUUCUAUUUAUGGUUUUUAAAAACCAAAUAAUGCAGGAGCACUAUCAAAUGACCAUAUAAGGCGUAUUGAAAACAUGGCUUAUGAAUUGACUGCUUUUUCUGCCAUGUAUAAUUUUGAUGUCCGAUUUUUCACAGUGUUCUUCUAAGCUUGAAACAGUAAAGAAAUCUAGACUUAAUAAAACAUGUUUGAGUGUUUUGUUUUCUACGUGGUUCACAUUUUAGCGCUGUUGUCAUGGUCACUGCAUCAGUGAGAAAGUAAAACGAUCCUACAAAUACGUCUUAGCUCUGAGAUUUUUCUUACUUUGCACAAAGCACAACCCUUAAAGUAAACUGAUUCCAAGUAAAUUUUCCAUAUUACAACUUUUGAACCAAUGUGUUGCCAAAAUAUACCAGGAAGUAUUUUUCUAACAUGUUUAUUGAUGUUGGUCUGUUAAUAAUCUGUGACACUGUUUUGAACCAUUGUGCACGGAAACUUUUCGGGACUUUGUUUUACAGAAAAUAUUUUGUAAUUUUAUUAGCAUAAAACUACGGUAAUAAAAAUUAAUCAUGCAAAUGUCA